UUCAGUUGUCUCUGAACCCCCGAACCGGUCGGACGUUUGUGAACGAGUGUCGCCCCCUAGACAUACGUAAAAACUCGUGAAAUUCAUAACGAGAAAAAUACGAAAAGAAGACAAAAAGAACAGACAUUUUUUCUCAUGCUCAAUUAAAAAGAGAAAAAUCGUUUUUUCUGUUUUAAUUACUCUUCUUUCGCGAUACCUUAUCGUUUCUUAACAAUUUUUCAUUACGUUCGAUAAACUGGAAGGACGAAAAUUGUGGAAGAAGGAAAAAAAAAAGCUCGAUCUACGGAACAAUUGCAUUAUUACUGAUUGUUUUUUUUAACGCUAAUUUAACGACGGGACUCCGAAGCGUUGAUAAAAAUUCGUUGUAUCGCGGUCUUAUCGUUCUUUUUCUUUUGUUCUUUCACUCCCUGGACGAACUACUUUUUUUGUGACUCGAAAAAUUAUUCGAAUCGCGAGGUGCAUUGCUUCGUUUAUUUAUUUAUUUAUUUUUUAAUAUCUUCUGUUUGACGUCGUUCACCUUCUCUCUACGUGCUCACGCGAGGGAGCGAGUGAAGAAAAACCUCCGAGAUAUCCGCCCAACGAUAAUCGACGUUUUGUCACUUUGUUCCGAAACCACUUGGAUUUUCAAAUCAUCCGUUAAAACGUAGUCGACACGCGAAAGGAUGGUGGCGUCGCAGAACGAUGGGGGAAAAAGUGGAGGCGGUGAUCCGACGAUGGGAUCGCAGAACGACAACGACGCAGCGGUGUACACGGUAUCGGUAAGCGGAGUGGGUUACCGUAACGAGGGUUACAAAGAGGACGGUGGCGAUGGGAUUCCACCGGAGCCGACGAAGCCGCCGCAGUUUCCCUUGGCCGAGGACGACACGCAAUCGCGGAAGUUCCGUUUAUCGAGGGGCGAGAAAUGGCGAAUACUGAAAAACAUCGGAACCGUUUCGAUCGCUUUCAUGGUGCAGUUCACCGCGUUCCAAGGGACCGCAAAUCUCCAAUCGUCCAUCAACGCCCACGACGGUUUGGGCACCGUUUCACUCUCGGCCAUCUACGCCGCUCUCGUUUUGUCCUGCAUUUUCGUACCGACUUUUCUCAUCAAAAGACUCACCGUCAAAUGGACCCUCUGCGUCUCCAUGCUCUGUUACGCUCCUUACAUCGGAUCCCAAUUCUACCCACGAUUUUACACCCUCGUACCUGCCGGCGUGCUCCUCGGUCUCGGCGCCGCCCCGAUGUGGGCCGCCAAAGCGACUUACCUCACCCAAGUCGGCGGGGUUUAUGCCAAGCUGACUGACCAACCGGCCGAUGCCAUCGUCGUUCGAUUCUUCGGCUUCUUCUUCCUUGCCUGGCAAACCGCCGAACUUUGGGGAAAUCUCAUCAGCUCUCUCGUACUGAGCGAAGGUGAAUUCGGAAGUGACAGUUUGAGCAACGCAACGAACUUGGCGAACAAGUUGAAGAGAUGCGGAGCGAAUUUCUGCGUCGUCGGGAACGGUGCCCAUGGGAAUCUGCACCGUCCUCCGGACUCGGAGAUCUACGAGAUAUCGGCGAUUUAUCUAACGUGCGUCGUCGUUGCUGUGAUCAUCGUCGCCCUCUUCGUAGAUCCAUUGUCAAGGUACGGUGAAAAACAACGAAGAGCCGACAGUCAGGAGCUCAGUGGCAUACAAUUGCUGUCCGCAACUGCUUAUCAACUGAAAAAACCGUAUCAACAGUUGCUCAUACCAAUCACCGUGUGGAUCGGCAUGGAGCAGGCCUUCAUCGGUGCUGAUUUCACUCAGGCUUACAUCUCGUGUGCUCUCGGAGUACACAGGGUUGGUUACGUCAUGAUUUGCUUCGGCGUCGUAAACGCCGGGUGCUCGUUACUUUUCGGUUCGAUCAUGAAGUUCAUCGGUCGCCAGCCCCUGAUGGCACUGGGUGCCAUCGUCCACGCUGCCCUCAUCGGAGUUCUGCUGGUCUGGAGACCGCACCCUGAGAACGCAUACGUUUUUUACACCGUUUCUGGACUUUGGGGCGUCGGUGAUGCCGUUUGGCAAACUCAAGUUAACGGUCUUUACGGAACUCUGUUCAGGCGCAACAAAGAAGCGGCGUUUUCCAACUACCGUUUGUGGGAGAGCGCAGGUUUCGUCGUCGCGUAUGCCUACAGCACGCACUUGUGCGCCCGAAUGAAACUCUACGUGAUGCUUUCGGUCCUGAUAAUCGGGAGCUUGGGAUACAUCAUCGUCGAAAUUUUGCACAGGCGAAAGCAGCGAAGACUGAAAGCCAUCGCCGAGGACCCGAAAGCAGCUCAGGCGGAAGCAAACAUGCCGGAGGAAACGGACGACGAAAAAGACGACAUCGACGAUGACAUAAUAAUCACUCAUCUCUGAACACGACGACUAACACCACGUCACGUCGUUAAAAGUUAAUGCCUAAAAUAAGCAGAAAAACGUACGAUAGAUAUUAAAAAUUAAAUCGCGAAAAAACAAACGAAAUAAAUCGAACUGCUGAGCAGUUUGGAAAAGGAUACGAAAUUCGAGGAUCGAAUAUAAUUGAGUGACGAAAAUAACAGUGAUGAAGUAACAAGCGAAAUUGACAGUUUAACUUUUCCUUUUUCGUUUCUUCGUUCAGAGACAAAAUGAUUUUCAUUCGAGAGAGAUCGAGAGAGAGAGAGAGAGAGAGAGAGAAAAUAAAAUAUCAUCGUACGAAUUAGAGCGCAGCAAAAAAAGACAAGUCACGUGUGAUUUUAGUGAAUAACCGAGUCGCUCGUUUUUUCUUAUUGAAAAAUGCGAAAUUGGCCGGAUUUCACAGUAACGCUGGAUAGAUUGCGACAGGAUAAUAAUAUUUCUUUUCUUUCGAACGCGCCUGUCCGGUUAAAAAUACUGGAAUAUUUGUCUUUUUAACAAAAGAGAGAACAGAGAGAAAGAGAGUGAGUGAGAAAAAUAAAUGAAAAACUUCGAGCUUGGCGACUCGUGGCUCGACUUUAAGCGAAAGUGAUAUAAAGUAGUGUACAAUAAUAGUGAGCUUGUUAGUGUGUCUGCGUGCGUGGCUGCGUGUGUUUUUUCUCGUUGUUAUUGUUAUUGUUGUUGGUGAUGAAGAAACGUCGUUUUACAAUGUUGAGGAAAAGAAGGUGUGACUCGAAUGUGAAACAUUUGAGGUUAUAAAACGCAUUGAUCGAUGAACGAUUAAUCGCCAGGCUCGAAGCUCAAACUAAAAUCGAACUCGUUCGAGCUCUCCUCGGCCUCUUUUGGGCGUCAAUUUUUUCCCUUUAUUUUCCACCACGUCGUUUUUUCAUCGUUAGUGUGUGGAAGAAUUUUAAGAAUCAAACUUUUUCUCUCCUCAUUCCUUCGAGCGGGACUCCAUCAGAAUCAUUAUUACGAAUUGUUACAUUUUUCUCUCGAUUUAUUAUUCAAUUAUUCAAUCGGUAAAAUUUCCCAAAUGGCUCCGGAUGAAACUUCGGUUUGGAAUAGAACGUGCACUAGUCUCGAACAAAGGGCAGCGAGAAUAAAAAAUAUGCAAGAAUGAAAAACCCAUCGCGGAUUCUGACAGUUCGAGAGCCCCCACUCAGCAGCUUUUCAUUUUCUCCUUUCUAUUAAAGAUUCGAUAAAACAAUAAUUAACAAUACCGGAUCCCGUGAAAAGUCCCUUGAAUUUGUCGAAAAAGGUUCAAUUCCCGGAAGUAUUGAAAAAAAAACUUCAAUCGUUUGGUCGACCGCGUUUGUUUGUUUUGUUUUUCUGUAUAUAAAUAUACGCGGAGAAAGAGACAUAUUGUGUGUUACGUAUGUUCUACCAAGCAGUAUUUUCAAUCUUAUAUCCCGAUCAGUAUUAUUAUUGAGGAUUCUGAACUUCGCUAGAAAAUGUCUCUGUGGUAGCGCGUGUCCUAGGACGAUUGAAGUAGUGGAAUUAUUAUUCUAUUUUUUUGGUCUCCGCGAUGCGUGAAUCAUUGGAAGCGAUAAAUUUCUUGUGUUUUUAUCUCGCAGGAGGUCAUGUGCAUUCUCCGGAAUGAAUUUACUUACACGCGCGAGAAGGAGCGAGGCAGAGAGAAUAGUUUUAAUACUUUGCGCAAUAUCUGAUUGGCUGUAUAAUAUGUAGGCGUUAUAACGUGUUAUGCGGGUUGGGUGUAUCACAUUUUUUGUUACCUUGUUUUUGCAUUCCGUACAGAUUCUUUGUCUCCAACACGUGUGAAACUUGGAACAGGUCGAUAAAAAAAAUGGCAUCGUUCAAAAAGAGAAAGAGGGAACGAGAGUCGCGGAGGGGGGAGGGGGAUCGUUCGUUGUUACGUGUUUUCUCGAUGCUUCAUCGGCCUUUGUUCGCCUUGCAACACACUUUUUUGUCGCAUUGUAGCACAGAAAAAAGAAAUAUUCCAAUUACCAACGAGUUUACCUACAAUUUUUUCCGUACAUAUUCGUCCAAUUUAAUUUCCGUUUCCUGCGACGUCGAAAAAUUGGAGGUUAAGGCCACACGGUAAUAGAUGCGAGGAGAAAAGAGGAAAUAAAUCCUUUGCGAGAAAAUAAUCGAAUAAAGAUUAUAGAGUUUACCACUUGAAAUCUACCUGGAAUCGUCGAUUUAUUGCAAUUAUGCUGUAUUUUCGAUGGUUUUUCUUACCGCGACCUGGUUCGCUGUACAGGCACGACGUACACGAGAUAAAAGUAGCGAAAGUGAAAAAGAAAUAUCGAGUAGAUGAUAAACGAGAGCGCGCGUACUUUGAAUAACGCGAAAUAUUGAAGCAUUAGAAAAUAUCCACGUUAUAAAUACAUGUAUAUUAAAAGUGCGUACACGUACGUACGUGUAAAAAACUUCGGUAUUAUCCACCACGGGUAAUCCAGGCCACUUACAUGAAUAUAUAUAAAGAUUGAUAUAACAUUCGCAAGAACGCAUACAAAUAAAUAAAAGAGCAUUGAACGGGCAUGUACAAAAAUAAAAUGUACUGCGAUUAUUCGUUUUAGCGUGUGUACGUACGAGUUUUUGUGUGCUAGAAAACAGCGCAAUUUUCAGACUCGCAAUUAUAUUUAACAGAUUUCUUCUUUCCCCGCUCAGUUUCGUUCUUUUUUCAUAUUACUGUCUGAAAAUCGCUCAGUUCUUGCCCGAAUCUCACGAUUCAUUUCGUACGUUUCAUACGACAUGAGAAAAAAAAAUAUAAUAAAAUGCCCACUUCAACGAAUACAUAUCUCCCUCGACAAGUAACAAUCGCCUUCGGAUCGCGAAUCGAGGCAUCUCACGAAACGAUCAUUCAUAUCUUAUUAUUAUAUAUCGAUAUAUACACGAGUUCACGAUUAGCCCGCGAGAUAUAUUAUAAUAACAGGGCCAUCGGUAUCCUUCUAUUUCCGGGCCAAAUGUACAGUUAUAUAUUACGUAUUAAGUUAUACAUAUUUUACAUACCUGUCAACGACAAUAUCAUCUUUUCCUACAAUUAAUGUUAUCAUUGUGAAGAUUAAAUUGUAGAAUUAAGGUUUGAAUCUAUGCCGAUUGUCGCCGUGAACGAUGCCCAUAUAUUAUUAUUUACGAUCAUUUAAAGUUAUGCCAUUAUUAUUAGCUCAUUAUUAAUUGUAGAUUUAUUAAUGAUUUAUUAUUAUUAUUUCUAUUAGAUUUAUCAAACAUUAUUUUUUUGUCAUCGACGUAAAGUCGAAUAGGAAUUAGACGAUUGUCAUUUUAUUAAAUGAUCAGUACAGAUAAA